AUGUCCCAGUCCCAGUCCCGUGUCCCCAACCAGCCACGCCCCUUCCUCCCACGCGUCACAGACAUCGGCAGCCUUCCCUACGGAGGCCUGCCAGGCCGCUGCGUGUACGGGCCCGACGAUCCGCCGGCGCACUUCGACGCGACGCUGACCAACCACUUCGUGCGCCCGCACCCGGAGGCCAGCCUCAGCUGGGACGGACACCACCUGCUGCAGCUGCUGGAGCAGAAGGACGUGGAGGCCAUGCGGGUGCUGGACGGCUACCGGCCGCUCGUGCUGGAGCCGGACCAGUACCUCGCGCGCUUCUGGUGCCGCCCCGACGACACGUACUACUACUUCGUCUGCACCAGGAUGCAGGGGCUGGAGUACUGCAGCCGCUUCGUGCGGUGGGUCAACGUCAAGAGCACGCUGCAUCCCGCGGUCGAGGCCACGACGGGGCCCGGCUUGCAGCAGCGGAACCGGGCGCUGGACGACCGGAUCGUCGGCGUGCGUGACCAGCUGCUGCUGCGGAAGGACCAGUUUGCCGGAUCGAUGGUGCUCGAACAGCGGCAUGGGGAGCGGGGUUCACGGCUGCUGCUGGAGGAGCCACAGCCACAGCGACAGCUGCAGGUACAGCAACAGCAGGUACAGCAACAGCAGCCGCAGGAAAAGCAGUCAAAGAAACAGCUGUCAAAGAAACAACAGCUACAGCAGAUGCAGGGGCUUCACAGGUUCCGGCUGGUUCGGCAGGAGCAGCCGCAGCAACAGCAGCCACAGCCACAGCCACAGCAGAUGCAGCAGGGGCAGCCGAUGCAGGAGUUUCGACAGUUCGCGCUGGCUCAGCAGCAGUGGGAGCAGGCGCUGGAGCGGUCGUCACGGCAGCAGCAGCAGAAGGAGGAACAGGGGGAGAGGUAAGUUAGUGGAUCUGACCUAAUCCCAUAACGAUGGGUUACGCUACGC